UCCUAAUAAGGAAAGCAACCAUCUCAGCGCUUAUAGCCUUGGACCCUGGAGAGAGAGGGACUGAAUUGAAAUCCUGCCCAUCUCUACCAUUUACAGGCGACAUACAGGCUUGGAGCUGUUAAUAACGCCCCCGAAGAAGUCGAGACUUGAACCCAUAACCUCACAACCAGGCAAAGCUUGGCAAACACGCGUGGUUCAGAGAAUGCAAGCAGCUUGCUCAUGGACUCGUGACCAGUUACUGACUAUACUCAACCAGAUUUUUGAUUCCGAAUUUAUAGUUGGCAUAACUUCUGAAGGUCUGUAACACGUAAGCUCCAUAAAACUGGAUUUGGGGAGGUGAAAUGGGCAGUCCUCCAGAGGAGUCGAGAGACCGGCUUCUGCCCCAGAUUGUAGAUGAGCAGCCCAGCUAUCUGACUUCAUGUGAAAGAUGGCUAAUGCGGAAGUGAGUGUUCCAGUGGGGGAUGUGGUUGUGGUACCCACUGAAGGAAAUGAAGGGGAGAACCCUGAAGACACUAAAACCCAAGUGAUCUUGCAGUUACAGCCUGUGCAACAAGGUUUGUUUAUCGAUGGACACUUUUACAACAGGAUUUAUGAACCUGGGUCCGAGAACAACACGGCAGUUGUGGCAGUAGAAACUCACACAAUUCACAAAAUUGAAGAAGGGAUUGAUGCAAGCACUAUAGAAGCAAAUGAGGAUAUGGAAAUUGCUUACCCCAUAACUUGUGGGGAGAGCAAAGCCAUUCUCCUCUGGAAGAAGUUUGUAUGUCCAGGAAUAAAUGUGAAGUGUGUCAAGUUCAAUGAUCAGUUGAUCAGCCCCAAGCAUUUUGUUCAUCUGGCUGGCAAGUCCACCCUAAAGGACUGGAAGAGAGCCAUUCGUCUGGGUGGAAUCAUGCUCAGGAAAAUGAUGGACUCUGGACAGAUUGAUUUUUACCAACAUGACAAGGUUUGCUCCAAUACCUGCAGAAGCACCAAAUUUGAUCUUCUGAUCAGCAGUGCAAGAGCUCCAGUGCCAGGACAGCAGACAAGUGUGGUGCAGACACCCACUUCGGCCGAUGGUAGCAUCACACAGAUUGCCAUCUCAGAAGAGAGCAUGGAAGAGGCAGGGCUGGAAUGGAACUCCGCUCUCACUGCUGCUGUCACCAUGGCUACAGAGGAGGGUGUGAAGAAAGACUCAGAGGAAAUUUCAGAGGACACUUUGAUGUUCUGGAAAGGAAUAGCUGAUGUAGGGCUGAUGGAAGAGGUUGUCUGCAAUAUCCAGAAGGAAAUAGAGGAGCUACUCAGGGGAGUUCAGCAGCGGCUCAUUCAGGCUCCCUUCCAGGUCACAGAUGCUGCUGUUCUCAACAAUGUAGCACAUACAUUUGGCCUAAUGGACACAGUGAAGAAGGUUUUGGACAACAGAAGGAACCAAGUAGAGCAGGGAGAAGAGCAGUUUCUCUAUACUCUGACAGAGUUGGAACGCCAGUUGGAAGAACAGAAGAAGCAAGCUCAGGAUCACAGGCUGAAAUCCCAGACAGUUCAAAAUGUGGUACUGAUGCCUGUGAGCACUCCUAAGCCUCCAAAGAGGCCCCGACUCCAGCGGCCAGCUUCCACCACAGUCCUGAGCCCUUCUCCUCCGGUCCAGCAGCCUCAGUUCACAGUCAUCUCGCCCAUCACCAUCACCCCAGUGGGCCAGUCAUUUUCCAUGGGCAAUAUUCCAGUGGCCACCCUCAGCCAGGGCUCCAGUCCUGUGACUGUUCACACACUGCCUUCUGGCCCUCAGCUCUUCCGCUAUGCCACAGUGGUCUCCUCUGCCAAGAGCAGCUCACCAGACACAGUGACCAUCCACCCUUCAUCUAGCUUGGCACUGCUAAGCUCCACCGCCAUGCAGGAUGGGAGUACCCUGGGCAACAUGACCACCAUGGUGAGCCCCGUCGAGCUGGUGGCCAUGGAGUCCGGCCUGACCUCAGCAAUCCAGGCUGUUGAAAGCACCUCGGAGGAUGGGCAGACCAUCAUUGAGAUUGACCCAGCCCCAGACCCAGAGGCUGAGGAUACUGAGGGUAAAGCAGUCAUUCUGGAGACAGAGCUGAGGACUGAGGAGAAAGUUGUGGCUGAGAUGGAAGACCACCAGCAUCAAGUCCACAAUGUGGAAAUUGUGGUCUUAGAGGAUUAAGUGGGGAUCUCGGGGCCAGGAGCUAUGUUUUGGUUUGGAAUUUUAAUUAUUUGUUUAUUUUUAUCAUUGUCCCACUCAUUUCCACAUAGGAUCCUUUUUUUUAAACAGAAUCUCAUUGUUGUAACUGAAAAUGUUGGGUUCCUCCCACCCCCUUAUUGAAAAAUGGACAAAAACAAGCUGUCCUUCCAGAAGUUGAGAGUAGGUCACUCCAUGUUCUAAUCCUUUUACACCAAGAAAGUUAUUUCUUUUAAGGGAGGCAUCAGGAUAAUCAGAAACCCUGUCCAGAAAGCCCUUUCCAGGCUAGUCUGUCUGUGCACACAUGUGGUUUUAUUUUUGUAAAGGUGCAUUGACCAAACUCUGGAAGGCAGAUCUGACACUGGAAGGCAACCCACCCACACAUGGAAGCAGAAAGAUACUUUAUUUUGUAUCCUGGAAAGGGCCCUCAGAGGCCGGUGCAAAACUCUGAAAGGAAAGAAGGUUGACCUAUGCUUGGAGGGGAAGGUGGCAUGCCAGCAGCAGCUUAAAAAGGGAAGUGCUUUGGCCAGGAUGGGGCAAGGAAAUUAUCUUAGCUCCAGAAGUGCAACUGAUGCUUCUUGAUAUCUCUAAGGGUUAUUACCAUGGGUGCCAUUUUUAGGAGGGGCCAGUAAUAAGUGGAAGGGUAUAUCUCCAUGGACCAAGUGGCAUCAGGGGCCUAGGGGCCCGUGGCUUUGCAGAAAUAGAAAUCCCCGGUUGUCACAGCUAGGCUUUGUGAUUCAAGCUCACCUUCCCUCCCUUCCUCAACUUUGUCAAAGCACUUAACCCUCCUAAACUAGGAUCAGUCCAUUCAUUUGCAAACUAUGUGAUGUGGUGUAAAUUUCUCUGGUUCUUGGGCUGCGGCUGUCAUGGGGGUGGGGCUCCAAGGCCAUCAUUUUUAUUGCAUGACUCCAGGUGCAGGGGAGUUCCUCAUCUAGACCAGCUGCCCUUUUUGGUGGGGCCCUUUUUUGGCUUUGGAACCAAAAGCAGCCACUCAUUUGGUGCUUCCUCUUGUUCUUCCCUCCAUCCCUCAAUUGUUAAUGGCAUCUGUCUCCUGGAUCCCACGCUCUUCAGCUUUUUGGCUGAUUUGGAGAACAGUGACAGGUGCCUGCUUGCCUUCAUCCUCUUUUAGAUUCAUUUAUACCAUUUAUACCACAGAUGUUUCUGUGAGAUAUUAAGCUCAUAAAAAAACCUUAGGCUUGGCAGGGAAGACUCAACAGCCCCAGCCUAUCCUGAGGCACUGAGUAGAUGUCUCCUCCUGAGCGAGCUGGACUCCCUGGGAAAGAAGCAUUGUCUGCAACAUUAUAUUAUAGGAAAUGUACCAGGAAUGUCAAUAAUAAUAUCUUGGGUUUUUUUGUUUUGUUUUGUUUUUUGUUUAAUGUUGUUUGUAUAUUUAGAGCUGGGCCAUUUUCCGUGCUGAUUCCUGCUCUUUGACCAUCUUCAGUGUUUGGGGCAAGAGGGGAUCCUGGUUUUUAUUUUGAUUGCAUUGUUUACUGCACUAGGACAAAUAUAGGGAAACUACAGACAAUUUAAAGGAAAACGAGGUCAAAAAAGAUAACACACACCUUAGGAGUGGGAGGUUUUUUGUUUUUUAAUUAAAAGCAAAACUUUGACCUAUAGUUCCCCCCCCCUUUUUUUAGAGAAGGCACCCACCUGAAGCCAUGUUUCUUCCAACAGAUGUUGGAAACCCUGUUGUCAAGCAAGUGAAAACCAUUCUGCCAUCCCUGAGAUGGCUUUAAUAGCUAGAGAAGCCCUCUAACUUGGGAGGGUCAAUCUUAAAAGCCUUAAGGGUGAAAUUUCUGAACCCCAUAUAGUUGUGGCUUUCAGCUCUAAAAUUGUCUGGGGUUUUACUUUUCUCUUCAAAAUGUUUAAUAGAUGUAGCAAUCAGCUUAGAACAAACCUUUGGCCCUUUAGUGAGGGAACUGGCUUUUAUUGUUGCCUCUUUAGGUUUUCUGAUGGUACAUAAACAAAAACAAAAUUUCUAUCUAAGCCUAAAACUGCUACUCGAACCUAGAAAGGCACAUGCCAUGUGCCUGUCUUGGUUUUUAGGGAUACUUUUUGCUUUCCCAGAGAUGGGCGUCCAAUUCAGGACAGAGGAGGAGCUCUGGAGAACACCACACACUAGCUCAGGUUCCUUUCUUUCCUCCUUCAGCUGUCUGUAGUGUUUUAAAGCAGUUUGAGCAUCAUGCUUCCAAAGUCAAGAGAUCUCCUCCUCCUGAAGACAGAACCUGUUUACUUUCACUAUCUGAAUAUUCUGGCUUGUGGAAAUACAUGAGCUUUGUUGUUUUCCUGGUCUUCCAAUAGCCUGUCAUUAUUGUUUGCUGCUGUGCUACCCAUUGUUGAGUGGGGGUUUCCUCAGAGCCCUGGUCUAAAUAAUCUCAGACAGUGGGAGAAAUAUGCAAGCCGUUGGUAUGUGCACAAGCAGUUGCAAUGAAUCAUUCCUCAGGCUGACUUGGCAGGAGCCAUCUAUCUUUCUGUUCAUUCAUUAAAUAAACAUUUAUAAGUACCAUCUACGUGCCAGGCUUUGUGCUAGGCACUAGCAGUACAGAGAUGGAAACAGAGUUCCUGCACUCAAGGACUUCAUACUUCAGAAACUGUCUGGAGUUAAGAACUAUAUUUCAAUAUAAUUGAUUUCUUUUGUAACCCUAUGUAUUUUAUUUCGUGCAUUGAAAAACAUUACUCUGCAAAUUGGUCCAUAGGUUUCAGCAGACUACAAAAGAUGUAAAAAAGUUAAGCCUUUCCUAGUGAGAUACUGAAACAUCAUCAUAUUGGGGUUAGUGCAGCCAUGAAGCUACUGGCUGGGAGCUGAGAGAACAAAGGAUCAGGCACCUAAUCUGACCUGGGGAGGGGGGGUGUGUGAUGGGAGUACUUACUGGAGAAGGUGUACACUUAAGCUAGUUUAGGAGAGAUCAUUUUGGCUAGUUUUUUUGGUACUCCAUUUUCAAGUGGUGGGGCUUACUUACAUAAGGGGAAAAAAAUCCUUAGUCUCUUGCUGCUUCUGCCUCCAGAGCUAGGCAGAGUCAGCAGCAUGGGCAGUGUCCAGAGAGUACCCCACUGAAAAAAGCCAAGUCAUGCGUUAGCUUCUCUGAGUUUCCAUCAGAGGAAUCCAGUGCCUGACUGGAGUUUAGCUGAUAGAAGGUAAAUGCCCCCAGCCUUCCUGCCAUGUGUUUUCCAUAAAGGCCUUGGAGUCAACUGUG